CCCUGGGGCUGGACACCUGAUGCCUGACUGGACUCUGCAUAAAAUCAAAGGGAGAAGUGGGUACUGGAGAAAAAACCAGCAAUAUCUGCUGAACUCAUUUUGUGGAUAUGGGUGUGUCAUAGACAAGACAAGAAAGCUUGUUUUCCACUGUGCAGCACCCUCCACAGGGAAGCAACCUUAUCUCCUUGACCAGAGAGCCUCUGAUACAUUGCCUGCAGCAAGAAUCAGGAGCCAACAUGAAGGAAAACAUGCCAUCUGCCCUUGUUUUCAUCCUACUUUUUCUCAACCUCGGCCUUCUGAAUGGACAGUCACCACCUGGAAAGCCUGAGAUCCACAAAUGUCGUUCUCCUGACAAGGAAACAUUCACCUGCUGGUGGAAUCCCGGGACAGAUGGAGGACUUCCUACCAAUUAUUCACUGACUUACAGCAAAGAAGGAGAGAAAAUCACCCAUGAAUGUCCAGACUACAAAACCAGUGGCCCCAACUCCUGUUUCUUUAGCAAGCAGUACACUUCCAUAUGGAAAAUAUACAUCAUCACAGUAAAUGCCACUAACCAAAUGGGAAGCAGUGCAUCGGAUCCACUUUAUGUGGAUGUGACUUACAUAGUUGAGCCAGAGCCUCCUCGGAACCUGACUUUAGAAGUGAGACAGCUAAAAGACAAAAAACCAUAUCUAUGGAUAAAAUGGUCCCCACCCACCAUAACUGAUGUAAAAACUGGUUGGUUUACAAUGGAAUAUGAAAUUCGAUUAAAGUCUGAAGAAGCAGAAGAGUGGGAGAUCCAUUUUACAGGGCUGCAAACACAUUUUAAGGUUUUUGACUUAUAUCCAGGACAAAAAUACUUUGUCCAGACUCGCUGCAAGCCAGACCAUGGAUACUGGAGUAGGUGGGGCCAAGAGAAUUCCAUUGAAAUACCCAAUGACUUCACCUUGAAAGAUACAACCGUGUGGAUCAUUGUGGCCAUUCUCUCUGCUGUCAUCUGUUUGAUUAUGGUCUGGGCAGUAGCUUUGAAGGGCUAUAGCAUGGUGACCUGCAUCUUCCCACCAGUUCCAGGGCCAAAAAUAAAAGGAUUUGAUACUCAUCUGCUGGAGAAGGGCAAGUCUGAAGAACUCCUGAGUGCCUUAGGAUGCCAAGACUUCCCCCCCACUUCUGACUCUGAGGACUUGCUGGUGGAGUUUUUAGAAGUGAAUGACAGUGAGGACGUGCAGCUAAUGCCAUCCCAUUCCAAAGAGUACCCAGGUCAAGGUGUGAAGCCCACACACCUAGAUCCUGACAAUGACUCUGGUCAUGGAAGCUAUGACAGCCAUUCUCUUUUGUCUGAAAAGUAUGAGGAGCCCCAGGCCUACCCCCCUACUUUCCACAUUCCUGAGAUCAUUGAGAAGCCAGAGAAUCCUGAAGCAAAUAUUCCUCCCACCCAGGACCCCCAAAGCAGCAUCCCCUAUUUUCAUGCAGAUGUGUCCAAAUCUUCAACAUGGCCUUUACUGCCUGGCCAACACAUGACCAGGUCUCCUUAUCACAGCAUUGUUGAUGUGUGCAAGCUAGCUGGAGGUCCUGUAGAUACACUUGCCUCUUUCCUAGACAAAGCAGGAAAAAAUCUUCUGAAAUUUUCAAAAACCCUCAAGACUGGAGAGGAAAAAGAGGUGGCUGAGCAAGAGGAGAUGAAAAGCUUCCAUUCUGAGACUAAACAGAACGCAUCAUGGCCCCUGCUUCAGGAGAAAGCUCCCAUUGUCUAUACUAAACCCCCAGAUUAUGUGGAGAUUCACAAAGUCAAUAAAGAUGGAGUACUAUCGUUGUUACCCAAACAGAAAGAAAACAACCAGGCGGAGAAGCCCGGGGUUCCUGAAGCCAGUAAGGAGUAUGCCAAGGUGUCUGGGGUUAUGGAUGACAACCUCUUGGUGUUAAUGCCAGAUUCACGAGCUCAGAACCCAGCUUUGGUUGGGGAAUCAGCCAAGAAGGCUCUACCACCACUUGAACAGAAUCAACCUGAGAAAGAUCUGGCCAGCUUUGCUGCAACCUCAAGCAACUGCAGACUCCAACUGGGCAGGCUGGAUUAUCUGGAUCCUACAUGCUUCAUGCAUUCCUUUCACUGAUAGCUAGACUUAUGGAACGAUCAGUUAAAAUGUGAUUGUUUUCCUUCAGGUAACACUACAGAGUCAUGGAAUAAUGUGGUUUGCUAGCGAAUGUUACAGGAUGUGGGUAAAAUAACACUACUUCACUCCUUUUCAUGUCGUGUUCAACUCUUGCCUCUUUUCAACAGCUGAUGUCCAGAACAAAUCGAUCUUGUUUCCUGUGAUUUGUAGACUUUCUCUUUACUAUUACUAUAUGUAUAUGUGUGUGUGUAUAU